AGCCAACAGCAUGGAAGAAACCCCCCAACAACCGAAUUCACGAGACGUCUCAUCAACCACAGAUGACGAUAGAUACCAAUAUGGGUCAGCCUUGAAGUCAACUUUAUGUUUUUCUACCCGAGCUCUGGCAACCUUGGGAACGUGCUCAAUAUUAUCGCUUCCGAUAUUACUCUUCGUGUUCUGGGAUCGACCAAGUAAACCUUGUAUGGAUGGCAACCUAGAGCUUGCUGACAACAGCCCAUACGACGUGAAGACCAUUUUUGCCAUUACUGCUGGUUUUGGAUCCUUCGAUUUCGGCAUUGCGAAGACAAUUGACAUCAUAUUCGACUUGUUUGUCGGACGUGGAGGCCAGCUUCUGCUCGGAAUAAUUGCUUAUCCAAUUAUUUCCAAUGCUGUUCUCCAUGAAAUGGAAACACAUCCAGCAUCUUAUGCAUUCUUUACUUCCAUUUCCUUCAACACUACAUCAAUACCUACCGUUUUCUAUGCCGUCAAACAUACCGCACGACGAUGUCGUCAGAACUGGAAUUUAAAGAGCUUCCUCUAUGGCAUUGGAAUAUCCCUUUCCAUCCUAUACGUCAUAGCAUUCCCGACCUUAAUAAGCGCCACAACCGGCUACAGUACAUCUCAAGAGCCAGCUGUCAAUAUGGAAGAUGGUACAAUUGUCUUACUCAGCAAAUUUCAAUCUUGCGCCUAUGUCAUCAUAGAUGGCUCAAGGAUAGAAGGUUAUCCCGAUAACUUUUGUGUCAAAGAAUCCUGGGGGUCUAUCUACUCCAAAAAAGCAGAGUACCCUCACAAUCCCUACGCCUCUACUGAAUCUUACUACAAUAAUUACAUCAAGCAGGAAGGCCCCUCUUCCGGUCUGAGUUUUUUCAGCGGCGAACAAAUAAGACUUGAAGGGGCCUUGUUGAAUAUUGAGCUGAACGGGUAUGCCUUUGAGAACAAGACAUAUUCCGGGAAGGUCUUGGAAGAAAAAGGUUUCUGCAAGCCAGAUGAUGCGCAAGAUAAAAUGUACCAAUGGGGCUUUUCAUACCUCCUUCUGCUCAUUAUGGUGCUCCUCACAUACGCCUGGACGGCGAUAAUUCUUAUGCUGAGGUGGGACACAAAAAGGCACAGCCGUCUUGCUAAAAGCAAGCGUGGACUGGGAACGUAUCGAGCAAUCUUGGAUAUUUCAAGAGCAAUGCAGGUCCAACUCGGAGAUAAAUCACAAUACUUCACCAACAAAGAGCUGGAGAAGCGUUUGGAAAAGGCACCUGAAGGCAUUCAAUAUUAUUUCCCCGACGAAAUAGGCCAGGCUGAGGCUGUUAGCCAGGAGUCAGAUGAUAGUACACACGAGAACUCAGCACAUACGUCGGCUCGGGCUGAGGUUUGAUAACCAGAUUCGUGGGGGCUCGUGAGAUCGAUUGGUGGACUCGAGCUUUCUGGAAUGAUUAAUGGUAUUACAGCGAACG